AACAGGAUGUGUGUCUAAGUUCAUGUGCAAAAAGUGCCUGCAUGCUGAGCAAAAAGUGAAGUGUGUUUGUCGUGAUGCAGGGUGAGAAACAGAAAGCAGCUCUUCUUCAGAUGGCCGCCUCAGGCAGAGAGCAGAUCCGCUGUCCUCCAGUCCAGGACUGGAUCGUUUUUGUACUCUGAUCUGAUUCUCAUCUGGGCGGAUGCUAAGCUCAGAUCAACACCCAGGUGCUCUGUGUUUUGGACUCCUUAUGUGGCUCAACAGAGAAGCUUGGACAUUUCUGCUUGAAUUCAUCACAUCUCAGAGUUUGACAGCAUGGACUCCAUCUCUCAGACUUUGCGAGAUCAGGUCUCUGAUCUGCUGAAGCCUCACAGAGCCUGCCUAGUGACACCAGUUCUUCUGCACCAGUCAAACCAGUCAUGUGGGAGAUCAGGAAGCAAGUUUGUGGUGCUGAGUCUGUGGAGAGGCUAUGUGGUCACGAACAAGCAGCCACUCAAGGUGGAGAGUGCAUUUAGCUACCUGGAGAUUUCUUCCAUCAACAUUCACAGUCUCACUCAGAUUGAGUUGGAGACAGACAGGCAGAGCCUGUCUUUCAGUGUCUUGCAUGAUGAAGAUCUUGUAGCCAUGAUCAGCCACAUGACCACGUCACUGAAGAGGAUCUUCCCAGAUUCUUCUCCAGGUAAGCUGUUGAAGAGAGUUCCCCAGGACCUCCAGGAAAGGCUGCUCACUCUGACUGGUAUCAUAGAGGAGCAGCUGAACAGCCAGCCAGGCCCCUGUGGAGGUUUCUCUGAUACCUAUGCUGCUCUUUGUGAUUGGAAUGAAAUGCCAUUCAGAGAAGAAAUUCAGUGGGACGUGGACAAUAUCUACUACAUACAUAACUGGAGAAGGUUCAACCUGCUGGACUUUAGCCAUUUAGAAAGCAGAGACUUGGCAUUGGCAGUAGCAGCUUUGUCCUUCAACCGAUGGUUUACUAAGAUCUACUGCAAAGAACUCAAACUGUCAGCUGACAUCCAGCAGCAGCUCACUUUCCUGCUGUCCAAAUCUUCAAGUCUGGAGGAACUCUCGCUGGAGGACUGUGGAUUGAAAGUAGACUUUGCUAUGAAAAUGGCUGCUGCCCUCCAAGAGCACACAUCUUCCGCCCUGAAAGCCCUCAAUCUGUCAGGCAACUCCAUUGAAGAUAAAGGUGUAAUCGCCCUCAGUCAGGAGAUCAAGCAUCUAAAUGAGGGACUGAGGUUCCUCUCCCUGAGUCGUGUAUCAAUGAGCGCCAAAGGUCUUGGCUGUCUGGGUCAGGUGCUGUCCUCCUGUCAGCAGUUUUCUACCUCUCUGACUCAUCUUAACCUGGCUGGCAACCCAGGAAGUCUGGUGACUGAGGACGCCACGUUUCUCUUCAAGUUCUUGUCUGGUACAAACUCCCUGUCACAUUUGGACCUCAGUGACACCAACUGCCCUCUGGACACACUAUUUGUUUCACUGUCUGCUGGAUGUUGUUACAAGUUGACUCACCUGAACCUGGCCAGAAACCCCUUCAGCCACAGGAAAGUGCGGGAGGUGACCAGGAGUGUCCAGGAGUUCUUCAGUCAGAGCUGUGAGCUCAGAUACGUUGGCCUGUCUGCAACCAAACUACCUCCACAAGCUCUCAGGUUAUUGCUGCAAGGUCUUGCCACCAACACUCAUCUCUUUGGUUUGGAGUUAGAUCUCAGCAGCUGUGAGCUGUGUUCAGCAGGGGCCCAGGUGAUACAGGAGCACAUCUCUGAGGCUACAGCGAUCAGAAGUUUGGAUAUUUCUGACAACAGUUUUGAGAAUGAUAUGGUGACUCUGGUUCUGUCUGUGGGUCGAUGCCAGUCUCUUCAUCACCUUGCUCUUGGAAGGAACUUUGCCAUGAAGUCCAGAGCUCUCACCGACCUUCUUCAUCGUAUAGCGCAGCUCAUUCAGGAUGAAGAGUGUCCCCUGCAGUCUCUCUCAGUGUCAGACUCUAAGCUGAAAACAGGGAUGCACAUUCUGCUCAGCGCUCUAGGGGGUCAUACUACUCUAUCUGAGCUGGACAUCAGUGGGAAUAAUAUUGGAGACACUGGAGCCAAAAUGCUGGCAAAAGCCCUGAUGACCAACACCAUGCUGAGGUCUCUAACAUGGGACAGAAACAACGUCACUGCCAGAGGUUUCCAGGAUGUGGCAGAUGCCUUGGAAAGGAACCUUACUCUACAGAAGAUGUCUCCCCCCUUGGCUGAUAUCACACAGAGUUACCGCAGCAACCCAGAGCAAACAAAAGAAGCCCUGAACAAGAUUCAGCAGUGUCUGUCCAGAAACAACAUGAGACAUCCUGGCAGUUUGGAGCAACAGCAGGUGUUCAGGAGUCAACAAUCUGAGAAGAUGAUCCAAGGUAUGUGUCGACAGCUGGAAGACACCCUGCAGCGUGUAAGCCACUGUAAUACCCAGGCGGUCCAGAAUGAUAUCAUGGCUGCCCAUGAAGUGCUCCAAAACGCCAGAGAAUCUCUGAAGCUGCUUCCAUCUCUGUGUGAUGAGAGCAGGAAGUGUUCAUCUGAUGGAGACUGGGUGAUGGAUAUCUUGUCUGAUGCUGCCUCAGAACUAACUCAGGAAAUCAAAAGAGACUUUCAGGAGCUGGGUCAAGAUCUGAUGGGAUAUGCAGAAACAGUGUGUCCAAGGGUGGUGCGGCGCUCCAGUGUCUGCAAGAGUCUAGAAGAGUGUGUGUCUAAAAGAAGCAAGCAGGCGGAAAUAUUCCUAAGAAGCACCCUGGUGGAAACCGCAGGGCAAAUCAUCAGCACCAGAUUGAGUGAAUUGAGACAAACAUUGGGUGUGACUCUGGUGGAAAACAUUGUAGAACAAAUUCUACAAGAUCUGACUGAAGCACAGGACAAGAUGGACUCCAUAAUAAGUGAAAAUCCUUCCAGUGUGCAAAGAAUCAAUGUCCCAGAGCUUCGGCUGACUGACAGUGAUUUUCCAACGGAUGAUUACAGUCCAGCAUUCUGGAGAAGCAGUUUGCUUUCUAAGAGCCUAAGGCCUGCUGCUUCAAUCAAAAGUCUCUUGGAUGCAGAUUGUGAUCAACACACCAGGGAGAGAAGAACGGAGAGAGAGAGGGGAGGAGCUGCCAGAGAGGAUGAUGGAGGAGGAAGGUGUGCGCUCCCACAGUUGCCACUCUCAACCUCAAGUCCCUCCCUUUCCCCUUCUACUUCCUUGUCCCCCUCCCCCCAACUACAGAGAAGGAGGAGGUUGAUGGAGGGGGAGGUGGCAUCAGUGGAUGCUGCAGAAGCAGUAUCAGGAGAUAGUGGAGCAUCGCUCAGCCCUCCUCCCAGCCGCCCCCCUAUCUACUCCAUCCCUUAUAAAGCUCCAAAACAGGAGGCAGCUGGUGGUGGAGGCCUAAACGGACGACAGGCUCGCUUCCCUGGCUGCAGCCCCAGCACAGGCCCCCACCCUGGCUCUGGAUUCUCUGUUUCUCCCAUGGAGCCUCUACCAAGUCAGGGACAGACUCUAAGGCACUACACUGCCGCCCGACCACGGCCACGGCGCACACACACGCAACCCCCCUCCUCCAGGCCUCAGGAACCAGUGUCCGAAGAAAAGAAGGAAGAUAAUGAGGCAAUGGGCAGAGUGGAUGAGGGAGUAGAAGAGUUCUUCACCAAGAAAAUCAUUCCUGACUAUGCAUUAAAAGGCCGAUGGGAGGAGUCAAACCCUGCCCAAAUCCUUCCCACAGUGCCAAGCUCCACCUAUUUUUCCUCUCCAUCUGACAUCCCUUCAUCUACCACCACUCCCACCACCUCUCCCUCUGCCACAUCUACUGACACUUCCCUUCCAUCCAUUGAUGUUCGCUCCCUUUCCUCAUCUACCACCUUCCCAUCCACAACUUGCUCCACCACCACCACAAUUCCUACAAAAAAUAUAAAGAAAAAGUUUGGUGAUUUCUUCGCCUUCAAGAGGGCUCGAGCAGGCCGAGCUGCCAAGACAGGCAGUGGAGAUGGAGGACAUGGAGCUGAAGGGGUCAAGGUCAAAAGGACCUCCAUUGCAGAUCUCAUUCGACCCCUACGGGAGGCCAAAGACAGGGACAGAGGCAGGGAAAGAGACAACGAGAGGGAGAAGGAAAGAGAGAAGGAGUCAGAGGAGGAUGCUAACAUUUAUAAUGAUGCCACUACUGCAGAAGGAACUGCCGCCCCCGGCCGCUAUCUUGCCGACGUUGUGAGGGAAACAGUAACCCCCGCUGAGUCAUUGACCACAACGCAAUCCAGUGAGAUGACUCCUUCCUACCCCACCAUCACAACAAGCCCUGAACUCACCACCUCUGUACUUUCUGAACCGGAGCAAGCAGCAGUUCCUGCAAUACCACACUUCAGCACCACUCCUGCAUUCAUUACAACACCACCUGAGCCAGAAGCUCCAUCAUAUGUGGAGAGGAGACUGAGGGUGACCAAAAGACUGAGAGAAAACAAGAGCCAGAGUCUCAUACUGCUGACAGGAAUAGAGCCAGACGACAAGGAUAAUACACCCAAUAAGAAACAUGCAUCCGAUGGCACACCUGGCUUUGAACAGAGGCUUCAGGUGAUGCUGCACAGAAUGGGAGUGUCCAAAACUCCACCUGCUGAAACCAAGAUGUGCCAGGUAGACAGGAGUAAAGACGAGGAGAUGAGAAAAGCCACCUCUGAAGGUGCUAUCCUAAACAAACCUGAACUACCUCCCAAAGACAUCAAGUCCAGAAUAAUGUCCACUUCAUCAGCUGAGUCCAGGCAUCCUCUGAGAGUGCAAGACCCCAACCGACCAGAACCGCUUUACCCAAAGCCUUCCCUUCCUGAGUGCAUCAUGGGUCCUCUGCCCCCUAAACCUCUCUCAGCCAAACUCCCUCCACCCAUCCCAGCUGCUCGCCCCUCCUCUGCUCCUGCCUUCACCAGCUCAUCAGAGCAAGUCCAACUUACAGCUCACACACAUGAUGGCAGGCCAAUGGAAACAGAGCAGAAUGGCAGCAGGGACGGGUUGCAGGGUGAAAUCCCUCCCCUGUCUCCAAGGAAGGAACUUCAUUCUUCAGCCCCAAAAUCUCGCAGAGGUGACGGCGCACCAGAUCGCAGCGAGAAAGUACAAUCUGUCACUGAGGAGAGUCUUCCUAAAGUACGCCAACACUUGAAGCCCCUCCCACAGCGCAGAGCUGUAUCUGUCCAUGAGGAGGCACUGACGAUGACGCAAGAACUCAAGGCUGUAUUACAGAAGUCACCCAUCCGUUUCCGGGGCAACCGCUGGGACCUGCCCUCCUGCAAAGAAGAUGAAGCUCAUGCCUGCGCCACAGAAAGCAAGCCGGAUGAUGAAAAGAAGGUCAAGAGUCAGAUGGAUGAACAGGAGGCAGAGAGAGGACAAGCAAGCUGUGGAGAUACAGUGCCUCCAACCAAGCAGCUACUUUCACAAGAGGUAGAAGUACCAAGAUGCACUUCAUCUGACAAGACUUCUCCUGUGAUAGAGAGACCUCCUGUUCUACCCAGGAAAGUGGAAAAGUUACCUGUAAACCUUGCAUCUGAGAGAAAGAGUCCGACCAGAAUCUCAGCUUCCUCACCAUUGCAAGAAAAAGUCCACAACACGUUGCCAGUUGGCUCUAAAUCCACAGAAAUAUCCCGCAUAAGCCCAUCCUCCCAGAAAAACAGAUCUGUCGCUUUGGAUCAGGGUAAUAACCCACAAGGGAAAGGAGAGGCACUGUCCCCACAGCACACAAAGAUGGCUGAGCCAGCAGAGCACAGAACUGAGCCCUGUCUGUUUGACUGAUGCACACAACAGUCUGACCUGGAAGAGCUCUGUCACACCACUGAGGUCAGGAAGUACGGGGGUAGGAAUCUCAUGUAAUGUGAAUGUCCUACUCUUUUGUUUUUGUUUUUCGGCAGCAUCGUUGUGUUUCUCAUCAUAGUGUGGGCAAGGCCAGCUUCACAGUUAAUUCUUGGGAUGAAUAAUCUUCUUGCACGCUUUUCACUGGAGGGAUGAAUCUAACAUAGAUUAUGCUCAUUUCUGUUAUUGAAUUCAAGUUUAUGCUGAUUUGAUUUAUGUGGUCUUUGCUUGUUCUCACCAAAAGGCCAAAAUGUUAGCUGGAGCUAGUUAGCAUGCACCAAUGUGUGUCUGGUGAAUGGGUUGAUGAAGCUGACAGGUCGUCUUCUGACAUAAGAUAAUUGUUUUGGUACUAUUAUUUUGUUAUCAAACUUAGAGUUUUUAACCACUAGCAUGUUGGGUUUUAUGUCACCUCACCUUUAACAUUAAAUAUGGAUUUAUGUACUGUUAAGAAAGACUCAUUCAACAUAUUUAUGUUUCAGCAUUUCAGCAUAUGUCAAAAAUAUUUAUUUACACAUUUUACCCACACUUUCUUGUUAUACAUUUAAAAGUGUGCUUCACACAGUGAACUUGAUGGUUAUAGUAUUUUGUUUGUUUUUAGUUUUUAAUCUUCUGGAAAUGAGCAAUGAAGUUACUUUGUUACUUAGAUUGUUUUUUUUUUUUAUGCAGUAGUUCAGGGAAUUCUGAUUAUGACCCAUCACAAUAUUGGCUGCAGUAAAUAACUCCUUUAUCUCCGAUGAAACAAAAAAAUAGUUUUCAAACUAAUGUUACUGUUUUUAUUUAUUUAUUUUUCAUUAUUAUUAUUUUUAUUUUAUUUUGCUAUGUUAAAACAACUCCAGUCUCAACAACGUUAACAACAUAGAGAUUCAGGCAUUUUUUUCUCAAUGGUUUGAACCAGCAUUUUUUUUUUUUUUGGAGUAGAGUUUUAUAAAGCUUUCUAAAAAUAAACUACAUAUAUAUUUGAUACGGCAGCAUGUCUAAAGAACUAAAAAACAGUGAGGGCAGGUUUAACAAUAACCUUGCAAAACUAUUAAUUGGAGAAAGAAAAGUUUAAAACAAUGAAUAUUCUGAACACAGAAUAGCUACAUUCCACCUGCUGUUUCACAGUUCUGUGUUUGUAUGAAAGGUCAUUGUCAGUAGACCUGCAUAUUUAGUCAUGUAAAAGUUCAUCCUUCAUGAGAAUUAGUUCCAAGUUCACCUCACAUUGAUUAGAACGGAAAUUAUGCAUGUACAUUGCUUACUACCAAUAUAUUCUGAACAAAUAACAAUCCUUACACAAAGUGAACAAUGAACAUUUGUGUUCAUAAUUCUUUUUGAUUCAAAGCUGUUCAUUUGACUUUUUGUUAUUAUUCAAAAUGUGCCAUUUGACAUCUCUUUAGUAUUUGUUGUACAGACUCUGCAUCAAGUCCAUGUUGCAGAGUAAAUCUCACUUUCACCUCUCUUAUUGCUUUAGUUGUGAAAAAGAAACUUUCUUACCAAAGGAAGCAAAAUGUAAAACUAUUGUUUUGAUCAUGACUUCAACAGCACUUUAAGCCUGAUAAGCGUAUUUAAUAUAAUGUCCUGGUUCUGUUUAAACAUGAUAGAGAAAAGGUCAAAGUAACAGAGUCCAUUAAGCUGAAGCCUUAUUACUCAGUUGGUGUUUUGUAAAUGCAAACCUACACUCUCUGUGUGCAUGCUAAUCACAGAGAUGGAGUGCAAACACAACACAGUGUGGCUGGAGCACCAACCUGCAGCCGAUGUUAAGUUUAAGCUGAGAAAACAGGUACUGUUGUCAAUGUAAGAGUGAACGGAAAGGCAGACAUUAUCUAUAGUGGCUCCGGUUGAAGACUAAUGUGUUGUUUAACUGCCUAAAGUCACCAAGCGCUUGCCUAUGAAGGAAUGUUGCAACUCUUUUCCACAUGAAGUAUCAAGCAUUGGUUUCAAAUGUCUCUCGGUUUUCUCUCUUAAUAGGUUUAAAUAUCGCAAAAAGAGAAAUGCUCUCUGUUCAUCUUCAUCUUAGAACAGCGUUGUAAAAUUCAAAGAUCCACAAAACAAAAAAUGAAUUCACCAGAACAUGUUCACACUGAACGCAUAGACAUAUGGAGAAUGGAGUUGUUUUAAAAUUUCUAAUUUUAUUUAGCUGUUAGCUCUGAAACAAGACAUUGAGACAGUUACCUUUUCAAAGGUAGGGUUCUUAUGUCUGCACAGCAGAACCUUACAUAAAAAGCUACAUGCUAAGUUCAGGUAAACAUGUAUAAAAUAUUGUUUUAAACUAAUUAAACUCUAUUUCUGAAACAUGUGAGCACUUCAAAACUUAUUAGUACAAUUAUGCUCCAGCACUUACACAACGGAUUCAUAAUGGAUAAAAAAAAUGCUUGUAGUUUGAUAGUGAUCAUUGGGACACUGCUAGCAGUGUCCCCUUGCAGCAGUGGUUAAAAGUUGAUUAUAUCAUGUAAUUUCCUUCAAAGUCAAUAGAAUCUAAAAUGAAGUUCCUGUUACAGUUCCUAUAUGGAAACACAUUUUUACAUAAAUGCUGUCAGAUUUGUAAUUUAUUUUUUGUCACCAGUCAUAUUGUCGUUACUUUAUGAGGGAUAAUUUUUCACCAGCUCAGUAGUUCACCUGGUCUUUAUGUGUCAUCUGAUGCUAUGUCAGAUACCAACACCACAUUGUGAUUUAUCUUUGAAACUCUCAGGGCAGCUGUGAGAAACGACGUGGGAUUUUUCUAAACUGUUAUGUUCUCUUUAACUUGCACGUACAGAAUAUUUACAAAACUGCAUAAAUCAAAUUAGUUUGAACAGAGUGUAAAUCUAUACCUAUACUUGUUAUCAAUUAAUAAAAAAAGUAUUGACAUGUGUUCUA